AUGGCCAGACAAGCCGCAAAUUUGAGGGAAAGAAAAAGAAUGCAGUCGAUAAACGAGGCUUUUGAAGGGCUCCGGGCCCAUGUUCCGACACUGCCCUACGAGAAGAGAUUGAGCAAGGUGGAUACGCUGAGAUUGGCCAUCGGAUAUAUCAAUUUCUUGGCGGAACUUGUUCGAACAGACAGGAACGCAAACGAGCCAGGUUUGAGCAGUGCCAAUAGGCCGGCUGUUAAGGAAGAACCCAGAAAAAUUGUCCUCAGAGGUAAGUGGGGGGUUUUCACCAUUACUAACAUCAGUUUUUCAAUUACAGAAAAAAGCAAUCAGAGUUAUGUUUUCCCUUUCGUCCACUACAUCUUGUCGACCUUUUUUCCAUGA